AUGAAGGGCUGUCCAUACUGUGAUGUGAAAUUCCAUAGCACAGCUGAGCUCAAGUAUCAUUUGAUGAUUCAUAAAACUCUGGAAGGCUUUGAGGGUAAAGAGAAAUUUUCCAGCUCAGUUGCCUUAGGGAAAGAUAAAGAUAAAGAGCAGAUCAAGGAGGGGAUUGGCCAAAUACUGUGUAGCCCAAGUUCAGGGGAAAGACCACCAGUAUGCUCACAGGAGGAUGAAAAGUUACCACCCUCCCAGCUGGUGCAAGAUGCAAAUCAAAAUCAAAAUGGUUCCCUAGCAAGAAUGCAUAAGAGGAGAAAACAUGAUUUGCAUAAACCUUUCCAGUGUUCACAGUGUGAGUGGAAAUUCACCUAUGCUUAUGAACUGAGAUCUCAUGAGGAUACUCAUAUGCAAGAGAGAAGUUCAGUUUCUUGUUUGUAUUGUAAUCAGAAAUUCCUUCAUGAAUUCACUCUUAAACGUCACAUAAAAAUCAGUACUAAAGAAAAUCCAUUCAAGUGCCCAAAAUGUGUUGAAACUUUUGAAGUACAGUGUUUGCUUAGAAAACAUGUAAAAAGUCAUAAAGGUGAAAAGACCUUCAAAUGUGCACAUUGUGAUAUGAAAUUCUUUGUGAAGUCCAGGUUGAUCCUACACAAAACAUUCUCAGAUGAAAGUCCAUUUUGGUGUUCACACUGUGAAGAAAAAUUUAUUUCAGAGAAGGACUUGAUAGAGCAUGGGAAAAUACAUGUUAGUGACAUAUACCUGUGCUCUCAACACACGAAGGCAAAUGCUAAUGGGAAGCAAUUCAAAUGCUCCUACUGUGAUGAAAAUUUCAAUGCAAAAUGCAUUCUGAAGAAGCAUGUGAAAAUUCACAAGGGUGACAAACCAUUCUAUUGUUCACUCUGUGACAAGAACUUUAUUUGGAGAUCUCAGCUUGACCAUCAUCUUACAACCCAUAACAGUAAAGAAACUAAGAAAUGGGAAGAUAAGCUGACCACUUUGCCCUUUUUAAGUAAAUGUUUAAGGAAUCUGCCAAACAAAGAGACCCAAAAGCAGAUAAUGUCUCACAGCUCUUUGCUUGAUAUUCCCAUGGCAGAAAUCCAAGAACAGAAAUCAGCAAAGGUCCAGCCAGAAGGAUGUCUCACUGAGGAACACAGUACUAAGGAAGAUUUUUCAGCGACAGCCAAAUUUAGAAGAUGCAACAUAGAUGAAUGUCACCCAGGGGAAAAUGCUUCUUUUGCAAAAAAAUCUCUAAAAGUGGUUCAGGAAUGCUCUAGUAAGGAAGAGACUAGUUGUAAGGAAGAUCUUCCAGCACCAGCAGAGCUAAAAAGGUUCUAUGUAGGAGAAGGUGAACCAGAGGAAGAUUCUAGCUCUGAUGAGACUAAUACUGAGGAAGAUCUUCCCACACUAACAGAGCUAAGGUCUCCUGUAGGAGGUCAGCCAAAGGAAAUAUCCCAUGUUGAUGAAGUUCAGGAAGAUUCUAGCUCCGAGGAGACCAGUAGUGAGGCAGAUCUUCCUGCACCAACAGAACAAAGAUCAGACAUAGAAGAAAGAGAGCCAGAGGAAAUAUCUCCUGUAAAACAGUGUCUAGAAUAUUCUAGCUCUGAGGAGAAUAGUAUUGAGGAAGAUCCUCCAGCACCAGCAGAAUUAGGGAUAUCCCUCAUAGAAGGAGGUGAACCAGAGGAAAAUUCUCCUGAAAAGCAGUUUCAGCAAGAUUCUAGAUGUGAGGAGACCAAUGGUGAAGAUUUUCCAUCACCAUCAGAGCUAAAAAGAUCCCACGUAGGAGGUCCAACUAAGGAAAAAUCCCCUAGAAAGCCAUUUCAAAAGACUGAUAGUGUGAAAGAUUUUCCCAUACCAAAAGAACUAAGAUUCAACAUAGGAGAAGGGCAAGUAGAGGGAAAUGUUACAAAUAUAAGAGAGUCUCCUUUAAAGGUGGUUCAGUCAGAACACCAACCGGAUACAACAGAAGCCAAAACAGACUGGAGGAUUUUAAUCUCCAUCUUGAUAGAGAAUUUAGAAUGGUCUCUGAAGCACAGGUAG